GGGAGGCGGAGGUUGCACUAAACACCAUUAAACCGGAGUACCUCCGCGAGAUUCGUGCCUACACGACCCCACCGCAGAUGGUCAAGCGUGUGCUGGAGGCCGUGCUUGUCGUCAUGGGCGAAAAGAGGGCAGAUGAGUGGGACGUUAUCAAGCACCACAUUCGUCGUGACGACUUUCUCGCUGGUGUGAAGGCCUUUGAAACCCGCCGCAUCACAGAGGAGGCGCGCCUGACGGUGUGUGCAAUGUUGCAGGAGGAGGAUUUUACAUACGAGGCAGCGCGGCGUGCAUCCAAGGCAGCUGGUCCGCUGCUACAGUGGGUGCAGGCGCAAGUAAAUUAUGCGGCGAUAUUAGCCGCCAUAGGACCACUAAGAAACCGGAUUGAUCAUCUUAGCAAGGUCCACGGUGCCAAACGUGCCCAGCUUCAGCGCACCGAGGUGGAGAUUGCGACCAUGGAGGCAUCGCUGUUGCAGCUCAAGAAGGGAUAUCAGGAGGUGACAGAGGAGAUUGCGGCAAUCAAAAACACGAUGAACGGAGUUGCCGCGCGCUGUGAACGGGCCACAACACUGCUGCGGCAAUUGUUUGACGAACGUGGGCGCUGGGAAACCGAAGCGAUGGGUUUUGACUCCGAAGUGCGUACAAUUUUAGGGGACUGUAUCCUUGCUGCCGCAUCGCUGGCAUACUUUGGCUACUUUGACGAGCAUGCGCGGCAGUCUUUGCUCUUUCCCCGCUGGCGUCAGUGCCUGCAGCAGCUGCAAAUCCCUUUUCGUGAAGAUUUUCGCAGUGUUGUGGAAUACCUUGUGACACCGCAGGAGCGGCUUUCAUGGGAGCAGUGUGGGCUGCUCAAGGAUCAUCUUUGUGUGGAGAAUGCAAUGAUCCUUAGUCGUUGCCAGCGUUACCCGCUUCUUAUUGACCCAAAUGGUGUUGCGGUGACGUUUCUUUUGCAGCGGUACUCGAAGGACAAAAUAAACACGACAAGCUUUAGCAAGACGGGAUACCUGAAACAUUUGGACAUGGCGGUGCGCUUUGGUUACCCCAUUCUUAUGCAGGAUGCAGAAUUUAUUGAUCCAGCACUUAGCCCUCUCAUCAAUCAAGAAAUACAUCGCGUCAGGGGCCAUGCAUUGACGCGGUUGGGGGCACAAGACGUGGAAAUUGCGGCGGCAUUUCGCCUUUUUCUCGUGACGCGUGACUCACACUAUCAGCCAUCUCCCGGUAUGGCCGGACAGGUGUGCCUCAUCAACUUCACCGUGACACAGUCAUCGCUGCAGUCGCAGUGCCGAAGUCGUCUAAUGCUACAUGAACACUCUGAACUGGAUGUUCGUCGGACGAACAUUUUGCGUGCGCAGGGGGAGUACCAGCUGAGGCUGCGGGUGUUGGAGCAGGAGCUGCUUACCUCCAUUGCACACUGCGAAGGGAGUCUGCUAGAGAACGACGCCCUGACCGUCGCACUGGAGCGUUUGAAAGGAGAAACCGAGUCGCUUAAAGCCGGCAUUGCGGAGAGCGAAGCAUCAAUGCAAGCCAUCACGGAGGUCGAGGCGCAGUACCAACCGCUCGCGGAGGUAGUGGCAAAAAUGUACUUUUCCUUGCGUCGUUUCUCACGGUUGCACUGGUUGUAUCAGUUCAAUGUGGACUUUGUUUUUCGUCUUCUUGCGGACGCUUUGGCAGCACUCCCUGCACGUUCUACGGAUGUCAGUAGGGUUGAUGAGCGAGAAGAUGAUGCAGCACGUCUGCAGGUGCUAACACGCCACGUUUUUAACCUUGCUCACCAACGGGUGCGACGCGGGAUGUUUGUGCAGGACCAUCUUGUACUUGCCAUCCUACUUGGUAAACUGCGUAGUGGGAUUGAUGACCGCGUGGGACGCCAAAUCACCGUGGAGGAAUGGGGCUGGUUUGAAGAUGUCUUGCACAACCCUGCAAAGGACGAACGCGACAUGACUGCCUUCGCGGGUGGCAGGGACGUUGCGUCGCAUACGGUACCAGUCAUUCUACGCGAGUGCGGUGUGUGUGCGUCCUCUUCGGAGUUAGCCCUUGCGGCAUUGUUGCAACGGCCACUGUUUGCCGAGCUGCGGGCGUCUUUGUUGAAUCCGCGGCACGCGGAGGCAUGGCGGAGGUACUUUGAGGCCGCCGCACCGUACACCGAGGAAAUGCCGGCGUUUAACAUCAGUGAAUACAACCGUGCCGGCCGUCGCGAUCAUCGGGAGUACACCCGUCGUGCAUUCACCGCUGCCCUCUUGCUAUUUUACACACGCCGGGAUGCAUUUGCGCCAGCCGUUCAGGAAUUUCUUCGUCGCUUUUUUGGCGGGGAUCCGGACGAAAAAAAAGAUGAGAAGAUCAACGACAGUUCCUUUUUUACAGCGGAGGCACCUGAUCUUGCCGUUGUGCAGGCAGAACUCUCCGACAGCACACCACUCAUUCUAGUUGCAAACGCCGGCAGCGAUCCGACGUUGACGUUGGAGGCGUUGGCCCGGACGUUGGAUGUGCCGCUGCGGGUCGCUGUGAUGGGCAGUUCCACCGGACUGGACAUGGCGGGGCGUUAUCUGAAAGACGCUAUGGUAGAAGGAACAUGGGUGCUUUUGAAGAAUAUUCACCUCGCACGGGCAUACGCCGAUGUUGUGGAAAAAUGGCUGCAUCGAGAACGGUCGGAGGGACGAUUGCACCGUAACUUUCGUCUCGUUCUCUCAAUUGAGGCCGCCCCAGGCAUUCCUGGCAGCAGUUUUGCUACGAGUAGAAAUAAUAGUAAUAACAGCCGUACGAAACAUCUUGAUGAGUCGCUGGUGGAGCUUCCUGUGAGCCUUGUAGAGGCAUCUGUGGUGCUAGUGUACGAGCCUCCGCCUGGGAUGAAGUCAUCUUUGUUGCAGACAGUGGGAGCGUUAAAGCCACACUCCAGUUUCGCGAAGCAGCCUGUAGACAUUCAGCGCAUUUACCUUGCCGCGGCCUGGUUGCAUGCGGUAGUUAUGGAACGGCUACUGUACAUUCCUAUGGGGUGGAGUACGCAGUAUGAGUUUAAUGACACCGAGUUUUGGCGUAUUUUACAGACCGUGGACAGUUGGGUGGGAAUUACUAGUAGAAGCAGUGGUAUGGACGGCAAAAAAGGGAUUGACCGCGCCAGUGUCCCAUGGCCAGCACUGCAAACAAUUAUUGGGACAACAUUAUACGGCGGUAAAAUCAGCAACGAGUUCGAUCAGCUGCUUCUUGACUUCUUAUGUUCACAGCUCAUGAGCGCGGCUGUUUUCGAUGAUGAUCGCUUUUUUGCCUUAACGGAGGACGAUGAAAUCAACUCCCGUCUCAGAUGUCGUUCGAUCGAAUCGCUGCAGGAUGUGCAAGAGUGGGUGCGAGCGCUGCCGGAUGCACAGACGCCGUUGUGGGCGCGCCUUCCUGCCAGUGCUUCACGCGUCAUGUCGGCGCAGCACGCAGUCGCGACGAUUGAGCGUCUGGCGAUUGUGAGGCUCAUCGAGGAGGGGGACAAUGACGGCACAAAUACCGACAAUGAGGAGGAACAUUUUGUGCAGCAGGCCGCACCACGCAGCAUUGGGGAGACGCGCUGGGGGCAGAAAAUUCAACGUUUCUGCAAAAUGUGGCGUCACUCGCUCAACGCACUUGGGUGCAUGAGACCGCAAAGAACUACCGUGACAACUUCAUUUUCUGCAACUGCAGCAGUGGAGACCACGUCAAGCAAUAAUACUAGCCUGGAGCCUACGGUAAUAGCCAUACAGCGGGAGUACACCUUUGCGCUGGAACGCCUAGGUGAAAUUCUUGACGAUCUUGAAGCGCUGGAAGAUAUCUGUGCUGGAUCACGGAACCCAACAGCGACACAGCGUGUCUUAAUAGACCAUGUGCUGAUGGACCAGGUGCCACCACGCUGGGCCCGCUCCUACCACACAUUUCCAACGACAGCCGACCAGUGGAUUUCUGACUUCCGGAACCGCGUUGCGCAGGCCCAAUUCAUGCAUGAGGCUGUGGAAAACAAGACACUUGGUAAAAAAUGUCUCUCGCUUGGUCUUCUUUUCUGGCCUGGGGCGUUUCUUACGGCGACAAAGCAGCAGGCGGCACGUCGACAACAUCGCUCGCUUGAACAGCUGCAGCUGCGGCUGGAACUUAUGUCGGAGGAAGCGGCGCAAAUCCACGCUGCAAACAACAUUGAAGAGUCUCACACGUGGCACAUUGUCGGCCUGACACUUUUUUCCGCCCGCCUUGAAGCGAAAUGUGGCACGUGUGAACUUCUCCCUGCCACAUCCGGUACCUCCUCCACACCUGUCGGCGCUUUGCUCUCCUGGGAGCCGAUCCCGGCGGCCACAGCGGUUGAAGUUUUGUUGCCUGUGUCGAAGACGUCCCUGUUGAUGCGAUUGCUGUCACAAAACCCGACGAGUAGAUGCUUCGCGACACCGUUUUACGUGAACCCUCGACGAGAUUCGAUGCUUGAGGUGGUGGAACUCACAGUGGACCCCGUCCAUUCGCCGAUGCGGGCGUGGUACGAGCGCGGUGUCUGUCUCGUCGCCUGGUCCGAGGCGGAACGUUGA